AGUAGGUUAUUAUGGUGUUGAAACUGGGAGAGGGAUUAUAGAUUGGGCAAUUAAAUUAAAGCUUCCGACUUAUUUACGGAUCGCAUUAGAUGAUAAAUCUGAGACAGUAAUAUUAGCAGCUGUUAAUACAAUGUCUGCUUGGAUUAUUGGCGGGUCAAAAGAAUUUUAUCAAGAAGAGAAACUCUGGGAGAGAGCUAGUAGAUUAUAUCGUGGAUGUGAAUUUGUUUCCCUUGGGGGGAAAAAUAAUGCGCAAACAAAAAAAUAUUUUGGAAUUGAGAUUAGUGAUUAUGAAGCUGAGGGAGAAUAUGAUACAAUGGAGACUCAUGCUGAACUUGCGUCAAAAGAUCUAAUUGCAGGGCUUAUUUCGAUGGACAUCACUCAUCGAUUAUUAUAUCUUUUGGAAUCAGCUAACCUUCCUCGCGUCACAAACGAAAAAAUCUUGCUUAUGUUUGUUCGCUUUGCGCGUCAUUCGCGAAAAACUGCAAAAAUUAUAUUUGAAUGUCAUCAAUUAUUAGAUUUUCUUCAUAAAAAAUAUUUAUGCGUAGCUUGGCCACCUAUUAAUGACUCAUCAAAUGGGCCCAGAUAUCCGAACUUAAUGGUUGCUAAGCUCAUUCACGUACUGUGUCAGUCCUCAAAGAAAAUCAGUAAAGAACUUAUAAAUAGGUAUAUGAACACUUUUCUGAGAUAUGUUGCAAUCAAUCCAGCAUCAUUUUCUAAUGAAUUUGAAAUGGCCAUUGGAUACAACUUUUUCCAAGAAACAUUGUGCAUAUACCAAACCCUUGCUACAUAUGGACUUUAUCACGAAAUAUUUUCACAAACUUAUGGUAUUGUAAAUUGGUAUUUAGUGAGAGAAAUAUUAUAUUCGCUUACUCCUCCAUGGGAGUGGAAAAAUAGUGACGAUUAUCAAAUGCGACAAAAGCUGGGAAUAGCGAUAUCAUUCUUCAGGCUUUUGGAAAUUUGGAUCCGUGUUCAAGAUACAGAACCAGGCAUUAUUAAAGAAUGUGGGGCACAACCGAGCGAGAUUAUAAGAGACUCAGUUGAUUUCUUGGCAAAUUGGAUGAACACAUUUUCCUCCACUCUUUUAUCACAAAAUAAGGAUAUUCACGAAGAUUAUGAAAAGGCAUUAAAUCUGAUAUCUAGUGUUACAAAAUAUAUUGCUGCGUGGUUUAAGUAUUUGGGCGAACAUAAUUUGAAAGACAUUAGUGAAAUACAGAGGAUUUGGGAAAAACUGUGCCUUGCAUCUUGGCCUUCGUCUCAUCUUUGCAAUUAUUUACGGGAUCAAUUAAUUAAUUGGAUACAAAAUACACAAAAAGUAUCAAGAGAUGAUAUUUGGCAGAUAUCAAAUUUAUCGGGUGCAUAUCAUCCAUCUACUUUUAAAUAUAUUUCUGAAUCCCUCUCAAUUUCAAUAAUAUAUGAUACAUACUUGUCAUACGUUUCUUUGAUUUGUCAAACGUGCCAAUUGCUUUCUAGCGACAAUAAAUUUUCACUAAAAGCAUUUGAGAUGAUCAAACUAAGUAUACCAAUUGAGCCGUUACAACUAUAUGCGGUAAAAAAUCCAGUGAAAGACGAUUGGCUUGAUUUCUUCAACAAAAUGCAUAUUUAUUUGCUUUAUGAAUUGAUGAUUGUUAUCAGUGUGCUUAUUGAUAAUAUAGGAACAAAUGAAAUAAAAGCACAAAAUUUAAUGAAUUUAUUACAUGACGCUUUAAUAAUAAUGCCUAAUAUUUUACCCGGGGAUGAAAAAAUGGCUUUAGAUGUUCUAGGCCGAAUAGUGGACGGAAUAUGUUCAAGGUCACCUGACGCUUCUAUGAGUGAGUGUAUCAACAUACUCAUGACAUUUUAUGAACAUCGGAUUGUUACAAAUAAUAAUAAUCAAGAGAAUAAUACUUUGCUAUGGAAUUACGGAGCUUUAGACGGGUUGCCGUUGUCAAAGAAUUGGAUAUGGACACCAGUUGAUGUUCUUUAUUCUAAGAAAUCAGAUCUAGUAAUGGAAACUGAAGUUCGGACUGAAAUUACACGAAGUUGUUUGACCUUAGUGUGCGAAGUGAUGAACAUAUGCAAGAAUAUUACGAGUUUUUCAAUUGCUAAAUAUAUUAUGGACCCUAUUAUAAUUAUAAUAUCCAUUAUGAAAAUAUUCAUGUUGGAUGGCGAAAUAUAUAGAAUGCCCGACAUUGAACAACGGAUUGAAAAAAUUAUUUCAUCAUUCACUUUUCAGCAAUCCUCUGCUGAUAAUAUUAAAUUUACUAAGCAAGUUCUGGAAGAUACAACAGAAGUUCUUGUAGUACCAUUUUAUCAAUUUUUUACAGAUUUUUCUGCAGCUUAUGCUGCUGGAUCAUACGGUAACAAAUCUUUUGCGCAAUUGUUAAUUCUGCCAUUAUCAUCAACCUAUUCCGUUGACUUUAAGCAUCGUGUAUGGAGUGAUUUGUAUGAUAUUCUGGGAACCAUUGGAAUUGAAUAUAAGGAUGUGAUAUGUUUGGAACCAUUAAAUUCAUAUUUUUGGCCUUUAGAAUCUAAUACGAGUAUGUUACUAGCAUAUGUUGGAGCAGUCAUUCAUUGCAAGGUUACACGCGAAAAAACACCAUUCAUGUAUUGGUUGGCAAUUCAUCAUCUGAAUGGAUAUGUGUUCUUUAAAGAUUGGAAAGAAGUAAAUGAAAAUAAUCAUAAAAAAAGGAUUGAUAUUUCAAAUGCAAUAAUCAAAAGUAAAAAAUCAGCGGUAAUUAGUGAUUGGAUCAAGUAUACAUCGAGAAAUUUUGGUGAAGAGGUGGGUGAAUUAGUUAAGAUGCCUCAAUGUUUCAUGGAAGUUGAAGAGGAAGUUCAACAUAGGAUAGAAAUAAUAAAAACGUUUAAAAUUGAAUUUGAUGAA